CAUUGUUGCUUGGACGUGGCAGCCAUGACGUGAUUUCUGAGUUUUUGUUAAACAGAUUACACUAUUAAUUGUAGCGAAAACUGUUAAUUAAGGGAAAUACGUGCAUUACUCGUCACCGCCUAUCGAUAUUGCCAGUGCAAAUCCAGAAAUCCAUGUAGAGUUAAUAUAAGACAAAGCAUCAACAAGGCGACGAAGCAGAAAUCACCAAUAUACAACACACAUGCUCAGAAAGGCAACAAUCACAACCCACAACAACACAGAAGUCAACGUCCAAAUUUAAAGCUCAUUUUUCCGUGUGUUGCUUCCUUUAUCGAUUGACCGAUACCCUAACCACCAGCCAAUCGACCCCACUCGCAUUUACCAACACUGCUGAGCGAGAGUGCAGAGCGAGUGAGCGCAGAACAGCUGAUUGCGACUGGCACACGCUUGUUGUUGCAGUUGCGCUGUUUUUUUCUUUCUGUUUUGUUGGAACUUUUUCGCUGCAGCGAGAAAGAGAGCAGGGAGAGAGCAGCACAAACAACUACGUGUGACGUGGUGUGGGGGCAUACAGGUGGCAAAACAGCUGUUUCAACAGCAAAAGCAAUCUGUUUUUUAGUAGAAUACAUAAUCAAUUUGCCGCCUGCAGUUUUCCAGCUAAAACACAUACACACAACCAAAUAAUUAACAACUAAAACAACAACAGGAGAGACGGACUUUCAAAAGGCAGCUUCCAGGACGACAACUUCCACAACAAGUGCUUCCCGUCCUUCCCGUCCACAAACGGUCACCUUCCAAGCGAACACAGCCCCCUUUUCACAGUUUCCAAGCUGGACCAACAAGCAGCAGACAGCAACCUUCCAACAACCGCCGAUCCCAUUAUCCAUUAUCCGGGAACGAUCGAGGGGCUAUCUAAUUGCUAUCUAAUUGGCGGCUAGCUGCGCGCACGUUAUGACCAAUUCGAUUGCGUCAACGAAAUGCCUGCCCAAUGCACUAUCGACCGGCAAUUAUGGAAUGUCCCAGAGCCACCGUUACACCGAUGAUAGCAAGGAGUACAUCAUCGUCAAGCUCACCGAUUCCGCGUUCCGUGCGAUCGAGGAAUAUCAGCGCGAUGACAACGCCAAACGCCUGCAGCCCGGCCAGCGGGCCAAGAUCCAGUUUGUGGGCAACACGGGCGUCAUCCAGUUCCCGCGACCAGCGACGGAUGCUAAUGGCAUCCCUAAUGCUAAUGGCAAUGGCGGCGACGCGGCCGGAGGAGGAGGAGUCGGUGGUGGUGGUGGUGGUCGCAAAUUUGGCUUCACCAUCAACAAUAUGGAGGGAACGCUGGAGUGCGUUCAGCAGCAGCAACAGAACCUCGGAGUCCUCGGAGCGGUCACCCUGCGAAUGCGGAUCCAUGCCAAUGACGAUGUCUACGAUACGACACGCACAAAAAUGGCCAUUGCCGAGGAGACGGAGAAGAGCAAGUGCAUCAGGGAGAUUAAACCGAAUCAGUCGGAUAUCGGGCGUAAGGUGAAGAAGCCGCCAUCUGCAGUUCAAGCCUCCGUAUCCGCCUCUACCGCCUCAGCCUUCUCCUCCUCUUCCUUCUCCUCCUCCUCCUCCAACUCUAACUCCGGUUUGACGACGACGGCAUUUCAUCAUCACAGCAACAGCAACAACAGUGGGAACAACAACAACAACAACAACAGCAACAACAACAACAGCAGCAGCAGCAAUAGUUUUAAUAGCAACAACCAUAGUCGUAAGUUAGGUUCAUCGCCAUUUAAUGGCCUAGGCGUAGGAUCCAGCAGCUCCUCCAGCGCGUUUGCCUCGCGUUCGCCCAAUCCCAGCACGCUGGGCGCCAGCGGCACAGUCAAUGGCUCCGGCUCCGGUUCUGGUGGUGGUGGUCGCUAUAAUGGAGGCGCCGCCUCCUCGCUAGCUUCCACAUUCGCCAACGGCAUCUCGCAGGGCUACAACAACCUGAGUGGCAGCUCGCCAAGGGAUGCCAUGCCAGCAUCAGCAGCAGCAUCAGGUGCGCCAGCAUCAUCAGCCAUUUCCUCACGCAACAAGAUGCCAAGCGGAGGCCUCACCUCCUCCAACUCCUCCUCGUCCUCCAGGAGUGCCAAUAACAAGUCGUCGGGCGGCAACAAGAUGUCGGAUGUCUCUAGGCGUAACAUACGCGAACGGCUCAUCCACCUGCUGGCCCUGAAGGCUUUCAAGAAACCAGAGCUCUUUGCGCGGCUCAAGAACGAGGGCAUUCGGGAUCGGGAGCGCAAUCAGAUCACCAACAUACUCAUGGACAUCAGCACCAUGUCGCAAAACACGUACAAUCUGCGCCGCCAGAUGUGGAACGAUGUGGACGAGAAUUGGCCCUUCUUCAGCGAGCAGGAAGUGCAGCAGCUGAAGCGUCGCAAGCCACAGAACCUGACGCCGCCGAUGAGCUCGGAUGCGGGCAGCUCGACGUCCGGCCAGAGUCCCACAUCGACGCACACGGGCAGUCCACCACCGCCGUCCAUGAAUGGCGGACCUGGCGGAGUCGGCGGCGGUGGAGCGGGCGGCGGCAGCCUGAAGCGGACAAGCCUCGAGUACGACGAGACCAUGUUCAGCACUGUGCAGCCCAAAAAGCAGCGCAUCAGUCACUACAAGAAGGACACUCCGCCCUCUGGCACAUCGUACUCCUCCGCUGCGGUGUCCAUGUCCCUGGGCUCGUCCGCCUCCAGUCGUAAUCGUUAUACACCGCCGCAACGCCAGCCGGGUCCGCUGGACGAUCACAGCACCAGUGAUCUCAGCUACAAUGUGCUGGACAACAUGGAGGAGUUUAUGAGCUCGACGGCAGCAGCAACGCAGCAAACGAUUGAGCAACAGCAGCAGCAGCAGCAACAGCAGCAGCAACAGCAGCAACAACAACAGCAUCAUCCAAGGAGCAGCAGCAGUAGCAGUAGUAGGCGAGGCAGCUCUGCGAUGGCGGGCGCCAGCAAUAGUGGUGGCAACAAGGACAAGCGGAACUCCACGGGCAGCAAUUCAAGCAGCUCCAGUGGCUACGAAACGCAGCAGGAUCGCCAGCGGACAACAGCGGCCAUGUCGUCGAACCGCAGCAGCAGUAACAGCAAAUCUUCAUCCGCCUCAGCGACGACGCCGCCCAAGCUGGCGGCCAGUUUUGUGCCUGCUGCAGCGGGCUCUGCAUCCGCUUCCGGUUCCGGUACCAGCAAGCAGCGUAAUCCGCCCCAGCAGAGCGACUACAACUCGUACAACAGCAAUAACACGAAACAUGCCGCCUCUAACAGCAAGAAAAGGACGAGUAGUAGUGGUCCCAGUGGUGGAGCAAAUGGUCAGCGGCAGAGGAGUUCCAGUGCCUCGAACUCUGGCUAUCAGCAAGUGCCGCCGCCCUCAUCCUCAGCCUCCUCCAACUCGCGUUCGUCCCUCCAGCAGCAGCAACAGCAACAACAGCAACAUCAACAACAGCACCCACAAAAGCAGCAGCAACAUCAGCAGCAGCAGCAACAGCAGCAGCAACGUCAGCCGCAGCAACAGCAGCCGCAUCAGGCGCAACAGCAGCAGCAGAAUCAUUACCAUCAGCAGGCCAAGCAUCCGUCGCCCACGCAACAGUUGGCGGCUGCUGCCCAUGCCUAUGCCCAUGCCACCGCGGAUGCGGACUCAUCCUCGAUGCCCCGCUACGACUUCAGCCAAUACGUGCCCAUCCAGACGCUGGAGGUGCGGCGGCGCUACAAGACUGAAUUCGAGAGCGACUACGAUGAGUACCGCAAGCUGCUGAUGCGCGUGGAGGAUGUGCGCAACCGCUUCCAGGACUUGUCCGAGCGUCUGGAGAGCGCAAGACGUUGCGACAACGGAUACGGGGACUACGAUCACAUAAAGCGGCAGAUUGUGUGCGAGUACGAGCGGAUCAAUAAUGAUCGCACCAUUGGAGAGGACAAGCAGCGCUUUGAUUACCUGCACGCCAAGCUGGCGCACAUCAAGCAGCUGGUGAUGGACUAUGACAAGACUUUGAUGAGUGCCACGCCGGUGGCGGUCACGACGGCUACGGAAGUGGUGGCGCCUCCAGCUCCCGAUCCAGCGGUGGCCAUGGCGGAGGCGGCGGCCAGGCUAGCCGACCAGCAGAGGAGGCAACACCAUGCUGUGGAGACGAUAGAACAGAAGCAGCAUAAGCAACGCCACCAUCCCCAGCAGCAGCAGCAACAUCAGCAGCACAAUCCACAGCAGCAACAUCAUUUACAGCAGCAACAUCAUUUACAGCAGCAGCAGCAGCAGCAGCUGCAGCAACAGCACCAUGCACAGGAGCAACAUCAGCAGAAUGCAAGCGAUUCGGAUGACAGUUCGGACAGCUCGGACUCCAACGAUGAUGACGACGAGGACUGCGAUGAUUCCAACUCCAAUACCGAUGACGAUGAGGCACGCUAUUGAUCCUGCUGCUGGGACUACUUUGAUGACCAUCCGCUGAUCCCCCAUGUAAAAAGGCAAAAACAAGCAAGAAACUAUUACAAAUACUACAAACUAUUAUAAUAAAAACGCAAAAAAAAAACAUACAAACAAAUCAACAAAACCGACAAAAACACCAACAAAAACG